UAACAGAAAAAGAGGAGGUUCCCGAAUAGAGUCCUUUAUUUAUUUCUUUGUGCUCACUGGGGGGAAAAAUAAUAAAGCGACAUAUACCGCAGGCACUUCAUUCGUUAUCUUUGUCCGCACACGCAAGAAAACUGGAUAAGAUUACGGUUGUUACUCGACGGCCAAAGCCAAGGGGAGGAGGAUGAAGCGGCGCAAUGCGGACUGCAGCAAACUCCGACGGCCGUUAAAACGGAACCGAAUCACCGAGGGUAUAUACGGCAGUACCUUCCUGUACCUGAAGUUCCUGGUGGUGUGGGCACUGGUGUUACUGGCAGACUUUGUACUUGAGUUCAGAUUUGAGUACCUCUGGCCGUUUUGGCUCUUCAUCCGGAGCGUGUACGACUCCUUUAGAUACCAGGGGCUGGCCUUCUCAGUAUUCUUCGUGUGUGUGGCGUUUACCUCCGACAUCAUUUGCCUCCUCUUCAUCCCGGUGCAAUGGCUGUUCUUUGCUGCCAGUACCUACGUGUGGGUGCAGUAUGUUUGGCACACAGAGAGAGGCGUCUGUCUCCCCACCGUGUCUCUGUGGAUCCUCUUUGUGUACAUAGAGGCAGCCAUCAGAUUCAAAGACCUGAAGAACUUCCAUGUGGACUUGUGUCGUCCUUUUGCUGCACACUGCAUCGGAUACCCCGUGGUCACGCUGGGUUUUGGCUUCAAGAGCUACGUUAGUUAUAAAAUGCGUCUGCGGAAGCAGAAAGAAGUCCAGAAGGAAAACGAGUUUUAUAUGCAGCUGCUACAGCAAGCUCUGCCUCCAGAGCAACAGAUGCUACAGAGACAAGAGCGGGAAGCAGAAGACGCUAAAGGAAUAUCUGAGGUGGACUCGCCACCGGUGUCACAAAACGGCGCUCCAGGGAAUAAAAAGGCGUCGGGGGCCCUGCCGGAGUUGGAGUACAGAGAAAAAGGGAAAGAGGGGAAAGGAGGCGGGGGGGAAACGAAGAAACAACACAACAGCAUCCUGCCCUCGUCAGUGGACUCUAAACUCCAGGAGAUGGAGUACAUGGAGAACCAUAUGAACAACAAGAGACUGACCUCGGACCUGGUCAGCGCAGAAAACCUGUUGCUCAAAGAGGACAACAACUCCUCCUGCUCUUCCUCCUCCUCCUCUUCCUCCAAAAAUUACAAAAACGCCAGCAGCAACGCGGCGGCGCUCAACUCCUCGCCGCGCGGCCACAGCGCCACCAACGGCAGCCUGCCCUCCUCUUCAUCAUCCUCCUCUUCCUCGGCCGGGAAGAACGAGAAGAAGUACAAGGUCCCCGCGGGGAAAGGGACGAUGGGGGGCUCCCACCGGGACCCCACCGAGAACUGCAUCCCCAACAACCAGCUCAGCAAGCCCGACGCCCUCGUCAGGCUGGAGCAGGACGUGAAGAAGCUGAAGGCGGACCUGCAGGCCAGCCGGCAGGUGGAGCAGGACCUGCGCAGCCAGAUCGGCUCUCUGGGCAGCGCCGAGCGCAACGUUCGCUCAGAGCUGGGCCAGCUGCGCCAGGAGAACGAGCUGCUGCAGAGCAAGCUCCAUAACGCGGUGCAGGCCAAGCAGAAGGACAAACAGGCCGUGGGGCAGUUGGAGAAGCGGCUGAAAGCGGAGCAGGAGGCCCGGGCCGCCGCAGAAAAGCAGCUCACAGACGAGAAGAAACGAAAGAAGCUGGAGGAGGCCACGGCAGCCCGGGCCGUAGCGCUAGCAGCCGCCUCCAGGGGCGAGUGCACGGACACGCUCCGGAGGCGCAUCACCGAGUUAGAAACAGAGUGUAAAAAGUUAACAAUGGACAUCAAGUUAAAGGAGGACCAGAUACGAGAGCUAGAGUUAAAAGUACAGAAGCAGAGGCCCAGUGGAGCAUCAGUCCUGGAGGUGUCUGCACCAGGCGGGACGGGCCCCGUUUGA